UCAACUUUCUUUUUAAAAAUCAAUAGAUUCUAUUUUUUGCACUCUCACGUAUAUUUCUCACUUUACCCUUACUAAUUUAAUAUAAUUCCAAUUUUACCCUCAUCUUCCCUCUAAAAUCCAAUCUCUCUCUCUCACACUCUGAGAUUUCAACGAUAAAUAAAAAGAGGGAGAGAGAGAGUCUAAGCUCGUCGUCGUCUUCAAUGGUGAAUCUCAAACCAAUUGGAUAAAACCAUAAAACAAACAAAAAUCCCCCAAAAAAAAAAAAACUUCACUAAUAAAGUCAAAUCACCACCACCAUGCCUUCCGAGUUAACACCAGAAGAACGAUCGGAACUAAAACAAUCAAUCGGCGAGUUCCACACAUACCAACUCGGUCCAGGAAGCUGUUCUUCACUCCACGCGCAACGAAUCCACGCGCCGCCGGAACUCGUCUGGUCAAUCGUCAGACGAUUUGACAAACCACAAACAUACAAACACUUCAUCAAAUCCUGCUCCGUCGAACAAAACUUCCAGAUGCGCGUCGGAUGCACGCGCGACGUGAUCGUCAUCAGUGGAUUACCGGCCAACACAUCAACGGAAAGACUCGAUAUACUCGACGACGAACGGAGAGUUACCGGAUUUAGUAUCAUCGGAGGCGAACAUAGGCUGACGAAUUACAAAUCUGUCACGACGGUGCAUAGGUUCGAGAAAGAGAAUCGGAUCUGGACGGUGGUUUUGGAAUCGUACGUCGUUGAUAUGCCGGAAGGUAACUCGGAGGAUGAUACACGUAUGUUUGCUGAUACGGUGGUGAAGCUUAAUUUGCAGAAACUCGCGACGGUUGCUGAAGCUAUGGCUCGUAACUCCGGUGACGGAAGUGGUUCUCAGGUGACGUGAAAACAAAAACGACGAAAAAAUUGAUAAAAUGAUUUAUUUUUCUUUUUUUAAAAAAAUUCAGAAAUGUUGCUUCAUAUAAGAUUCUCUUCUUUGUCUGUUUUUUUUUUUAACUUCAUAUAGUCAUAUUUUACCAUUUUCAUAUGUUGAGAAUGACAUAAAUGUCCUUACGUUCAAGGUUAUUUUGGGCAUUAACGUUUGUGGAUAACUAUGAAUC